AUGCAACCCUAUCCCUCAUCCAUAGAUGGAUCGGGAAUUCGUGCUAGCUCUGGAAAUGGUAAAUUAUCCACAGAUGAUGCAAUUAACACCGGUAAUAAUAAUACAGAUGAUCAACCCAUUAACUUUCAAAUUGUGGACAUGUAUUUCGAUAUCAUUAGUUUGGGAUGUCCAAUUAUUCAACGAUCUGUCAUGAUGGAUAUCAUUUCCAAAAACCCUCUCAUGAACAGCAACGCCCCCGAGGAGGUUGCUCUCAUGUAUGCGAUUCAAGCCAAUUGCUAUCAACGAUUAGGAAGAAAGAUUGAAGGACGAACAGCAUUCAAUACCUCAAGAAAAUAUUUAUCUCAAGUUUUUGAUUUAUUGGAUAAUUUUGCAAUUGCAGGCACGUUCAUGUACUUGUCAUCAUUUUGCAUGGGCGAAGCUGAGUUUAAUCAAUCUCGGUAUUAUUUGAGUAGUGUUCAAUUUUUCGUGGCACAAAACAAGCAACGAUUGAAAGAUAACAUUCACUUUAUUCAUCUAUGCAAGACAUUUAUGUAUCUUCAAUUACUAUUAGAAGAGGAAGAAGCAUUGGAUAUUCUCAGUGAGGAAAUGAAAAAUUCUGAACAAGCGUUACAUACUAAUGUUGUCACUACUGAGAAACUAACCUUACAAGUCUACCAUUUCAAAAAGAUGAUUGACUUUUUCAUGUUCAUUACACAAAAUAUUAGUGAUGGACAGUGUGGGUCAAGUUCUAAUUUAUCACCCUCCGUUCCACCUCCUCAGUUUUCUUCUACGAUGGAAGAACAAUUGAUUCAAAACCAUAUACAGAUGAUUUACAGUAUUCCAUCUCAGUUCAACAGAUCUCGUUCAGAAGCAUCAGGCACGAUACGACAGGUUACAAAGCUCAUGUAUUUACUCAUGAUUGAUGGUAUUCGAUUGGGUAUAUUAACAAAAUCGCAAACUCAAUCUGAUGAUGUUCUUAUUGAAACAGCUAACCGAAUAGCAGAUUUCACAACUAUAUCCUACUUUUCAUACUUGCCACCACAUGUCCAUACGACUGUGAUGAAUGCUGCUCGUAUUCACCUUUCAUUGAUUAAGCAAAUUCAACGAGGAGAGCGUAUUAGUAAUGGAGUUGAUUAUUAUGAAUAUUUACGAAAGGAACAAAGGGCGCUUACUCUCAUGGCAGAACGAUUUACAAUAGUCGAAAAAAGAUUCAAGAGUCUUCUUCCAUUGAUUAAUGAGGAGCUCAUGAAAAGAGACCAACAGUUUGAGCAGCAAAUUCACUCAAUCAUUCAAACACAACAACUACAGAAUCAACUUUUGGCCAUUAUUCCUGAUGAUGUAAAUGCCAUCGCUCAAAUUCACGAGAUCAUUGGUGUCAAAGAUGUUGAUCUCAAUACAAUGAAUUCAUAUGCAGAUGUUACUCGCAUCUCUCUAAACAUUCAUACAGUACCUGAUUCGAUGGGACAAGAUCCAUUCGCAGUCUUUCUGUCUCCGUCCUUUGAUAUUAACCAAGUAACAACGAGUCCCUUGAGCAAGGAAAACUUCUACUCUGAUCCUCAACAGUUUGAUCCUAACAACUUGUAA